AUGUCCGAUUUCAAAGUUAAGGCAGGUUUGGCGCAAAUGCUGAAGGGAGGCGUGAUCAUGGACGUGGUCACAGCGGAGCAGGCGGUAGUGGCAGAAAGGGCUGGUGCCUGUGCCGUUAUGGCCCUGGAAAAGAUCCCUGCGGACAUGCGCAAAUCAGGCCAAGUAUGCCGCAUGUCAGACCCCAGGAUGAUUCGCGACAUCAUGAGUGCAGUCUCUAUUCCAGUGAUGGCCAAGGUCAGAAUUGGUCACUCCGUAGAGGCCCAGGUGCUAGAAGCACUGGAGGUGGACUAUAUCGAUGAAAGUGAGGUGUUGACGCCAGCAGACAAAGUUAAUCACAUCAAAAAGAGUGAUUAUAAAGUGCCAUUUGUGUGCGGUGCCAAAGACCUUGGCGAAGCGCUCAGACGUAUCAACGAAGGUGCUGCGAUGAUCAGAACCAAAGGUGAGGCCGGGACCGGUGACGUUUCUGAAGCUGUCAAGCACAUCACUCAGAUUCGGGGAGAGAUUGCUUGGGUGAGGGAAUAUGUAAAAAGUGACUCCGAUUUUGAGAAAAAGGCCAAAGAAUUGCGGGUCCCUGUGUCUUUACUGAAAGAAGUCGUUCAACUGGGGAAGCUGCCAGUUGUGAACUUCGCCGCAGGCGGUGUUGCCACCCCAGCAGAUGCUGCUCUGCUGAUGCAACUAGGUUGCGAUGGCGUCUUUGUUGGUUCAGGAAUCUUCAAGUCAUCCAGUCCAGAAAAAUUAGCCAAGUCUAUUGUACAGGCCACCACCCACUAUCAAGAUCCAUUGAAACUGCUAGAGUUUUCCACCGACCUGGGUGAUUUGAUGGCAGGUACCAGCAUUGACAGCAUCAACAAGGCCAACGGUAAUAGAUUGUCUGAAAUCGGUUGGUGA